CGCAAUCUAAGAUAUAUUUUCUUGUUUAUCUUGUCCCUAUUAGCAUCAAUACUGGCUUCCGAAAACUACCCCAAGAAGAUGUUAGACGGGUGGUAUUGUCGCUCUAUAGCGAAUAUGCAAGCGAACGAAGCGGCAAGCGUCAGCAGCAGCACUGUGGAGACUUCACGAUCUAGGGAACAAAUGAAAGAUUACUCCAGUGACAGUAGUAGCGACUCCGAACAGGAACCAAAUUAUGAAGCUCAAUAUUUAAAACUCAAAAAGAAACUAAAAUACCUGAUCUAUGAGAAUGAAUGCUUCCAAGAUGCUUUGAGAGGUAGCCAAAAGAGACUUCUUAGGGUUUCUCGGGACAGAAGCUAUCUUUUGGACAGAUUAUUACAGUAUGAGAAACAUGACAGCACCACAUCAGAGAGUGACGAUACUGAGUCAUCUGAUGAUGGUUCUUACAAUCAUCUAGAUUCUGCAAAAAGAAAAAAACUUGAAGCAACAGCAACUCAGCAAGUUAUAUCCACACCAUCUGCUCUAAAUAAAAAUGCUAAUGCAAUGAAAAGGAAAAGAGCAGCUGUACAAAAAAAACCUCCAAACACUAGUCUUUCACAAGCUAAUGCGUCAAUGUUGUCUAAGUCGUCGCCAGCUCUUGGGUUUGGUCUGUCUACGAGUGAUGGUCACAUGACACCGGAGGAAGUAGAGCGACAUCUGCAGUCGCGACAGUCGUAUCUAGAGCUCCUGCCAGAGCGGGCGCCUCCUACUGUACCCACCGAGAUGUUUAGCAAUGAUCCUUCACUUGACAGUGAAUCAAAUGAUGUAUUGGAAAACUCACCGAAUGUUGAAGAGUGGUUUGAUUAACAAUUACACUUACAACGACAUAGAAUAAA